GUUCAUAUAUUGUCUGUGAAUGGUACCGAUUAAAAGUAAAAUUAAUUUCGCGAGAAGUUUAGACUCACAUUUUGAGCGUAAGGACUUCUGCCUCCAACACUUCUAAAUUAGUGAUACAUCACACGACGAACUAUAUGUAGCUUAAACAUGACGGUUAACUGUCCCUACAAAUAAGUUAUCUGCCUUCCAAAACAGGUGGAAAAAUAAUUAAUUAACAAAGAUUAAAAAAGGAUACCACGUAUCAGCCGCGGAGGGAUACUAAGUUCUUUCCCAAUAUGUUGUUGUUAAUGGGUAGCGUGAUUGGUUGUGAGUCGUAGUGGUUUUGUUGUGGGUGUGAAUGAUGGCUGAAAGUAGUUUCAGCCUGUACAAUGAAAAGUAUUUCAAAAAUGACCUUCGACUGUAACACGUAAAUUACAAUUACUGUUACAUAAGUUUUCAAACGCUGAAGCAAUGACGUCUUCCUGUGUUUAUACCAUGUUACACGCAGCUAUCUGGGCUUACCUGCACGUCGCAGUUACCAAUGGGCUCGAAUGCUAUUGUGACAUUUGUCUUGAGACUGACUACAAAUGUAUAACAGAUGGCUACUGCUUUACGUCUAUCUUCAUGGAUAAAAAUACAGGGUCCACGGAAUUACAGUACAGUUUAUGUUCACACUAAGGCAGACAAAACAACAGAGAUACCCAAACAUGUUCACCUCUGGACCUUCAGUGGCACUGAUGAUGUGCCUGGAUAGUAAUUUUCCUCCUGAAAAUCCCAUCGCUUGUCAUUACUCCAACAAACUUAAUGACACUUUUGUCGUAGAAUGUUGUAAGCAAUCUGAUAUGUGUAACAGAGAUUUGAAACCAACUCUCAAUAACAACAAAGAAACAGCAGACCAACACGUACUUCGAGGACCUGUGAUGGGAAAGUGGGAACUAGCAAUAGUAAUUGCAGGCCCAAUUGUAAUAUUCUGUUUUCUAUCAGUAAUGGCCUACUGUUUCUGGAAUCACCAGAAGCGGAGACUGCAUCAACUUAGGUAUCAUCCAGAUGAUUCAAUUGAAGCUCCUGAUCAUCCUAUUCUGGGAGGUGUAUCGUUGAGAGAUAUGAUUGAGAUGACCACUAGUGGUUCUGGUUCAGGUCUGCCUCUUCUUGUCCAACGCAGUAUAGCAAGACAGAUUCAGCUGGUUGAAAUUAUCGGUAAAGGACGCUUUGGAGAAGUGUGGAGGGGUCGAUGGCGGGGAGAAAAUGUUGCAGUAAAAAUUUUUUCAUCUCGGGAGGAAAGGUCAUGGUUUCGGGAAGCAGAAAUUUAUCAGACAGUUAUGCUGAGACACGACAAUAUUUUGGGUUUCAUAGCAGCAGACAAUAAAGACAAUGGAACAUGGACACAGCUGUGGCUCAUAACAGAUUAUCAUGAAAAUGGCUCCCUUUUUGACUACUUGAAUAGGUGCACUGUGGACACAGCUGGCAUGAUCCGAAUGUCCCUUUCCAUAGCAACAGGUCUAGCUCACUUGCAUAUGGACAUUGUCGGAACACAAGGGAAACCUGCUAUAGCACAUCGUGAUCUCAAAACUAAAAAUAUCCUAGUAAAAUCCAAUGGAACUUGUGCUAUAGGAGACUUAGGUCUCGCUGUUAGACAUGAUGUGGCCACAGAUACUGUGGAUAUACCCCUUAACAACCGUGUUGGCACGAAACGCUACAUGGCACCUGAGGUACUUGAUGAACUAAUAAAUACAAACCAUUUUGAUUCCUUCAAACGAGCUGAUGUCUAUGCUUUGGGGCUGAUAUUCUGGGAAAUAGCAAGGAGGUGUAAUGUUGGGGGCAUCUAUGAUGAAUAUCAGUUGCCAUUUUAUGACAUGGUACCUUCAGACCCAACUAUUGAAGAAAUGAGGAAGGUUGUAUGCAUUGAUCGACAAAGGCCGUCCAUACCAAACAGAUGGCAGUCAAAUGAGGCAUUGCAUGUCAUGUCAAAACUUAUGAAAGAAUGUUGGUAUCACAACGCAGCUGCUCGCCUGACUGCCUUGCGGAUCAAAAAAACUCUUGCCAAUCUUGGUGUGUCUGAAGAUCUCAAAAUUUAGGUCUUGUUGCAAAUCAGUAUGUCUCAAGGCAAACUUUUAUAUGUUUAAUGUGUGGAGUGUGUCACAUUGCUCUUGCUCAGAGGAGCGCCCUUCUAAAAGCAGCUUCAACAAUUUUACAAAUGACCAUAUUUCCGCUAGUCAUUUUUUUAUAUACAUGUAAAUUUGAUGAACUUUGUGUCAUCAGAAGAUGAUGUAGUGAAUGAUUCUUUUUAGCCCUUCAACAAGUUUUGUUACAAUUUAUUUAAGACAGAUGUUUUUUUUCAUAUAGUGUUUUACCUGUGAGUGCAUAGAAUUAUAAAAAUGUAGUUUUAUUUUUGCACAGUGAUAUUGUCCACUGUAUCAUAAUUCCAGCACUAUGGAGUUUGAAAGUUCAUCUCAAGGACAUCGCAACCAACUCUAGUUUAAUAAUUGUUUAUGAUAAUUUUAGCAGCUUAUCAUGUGAGAUUAAUUAGGAAAUCUAAGUGUCUUGAUCUUUUGUUUGCUGUGUCACAUACUGUCUUAUUGUUUAAAUGGUGCUUUUUCUCUAUUACACAUUAUCAGCCGACUGGUAAUAUUUCCUCUAGUUGCAUCAAUUUAUGUUAUGAAAAAGUGGCGUAUUCGUGCCUGUCGAGACAUAAGGUAGAAAUCAGAGCAAGUGAUUAGUACUGUUACAAAACGGACAAACACAUAAAAUGGAGCCAGUCACAAGUAUAAUGUUGCCUUCUUUCAACAAAGUGCGAUUAAUAAUAUGUUAAAUUAUGAUGAAAUUGUAUUGAGAAACUCAGUCUGUAAUCAUGCAAUACCAAACCAAAAUUAGGAGGAAAACUAGUAUUUCAGGAGAAAGGAAUAUUAAUAAAGACAAUAUGUCUGUAGGGAAAUACUGAUAUUUUUUAAAAUCACGUUUCCAGACUAGCUGUUUUAUCAGGUUUUACAUUUUGUAUAAAUUUUGUCAGAGUUUUUCUAUUUAUGAAACUGAAGCAGAUGUAAUAACAAUUUUGUACAGUCCUUAGACAUGAGUUUUCUGUGCCACAUGUAUGUAAAUAUAACCAGAGAUGUUUUGCAUUGGAAUUGUUAAUAGAAAUCUGGCCAAUUUGGACAGAAAAUAUUAGCCACAAAUUUAUUUACCAAUUGUGCACACCUAUAUAGUUGAUGAAAUGAUGUUGAAGGGCUAUGAAAGAAACAUUCAUUUCCAAAAUUAUAGAAAUGAAGUAAGAAAUAUUUUUUUCAGUGUAAAACAAAAUGUCAACAUACAGUUUGGAUAUAAAUUAAGUAUAUAAGGCAGCUAGAAACAUUACUAGAACAUUUGGCUAUACUACAGUGGUAACAGUAUCAUUGUGAUACAUAUUUUAUUCCUUAUCCUUCUCAGUAAGAAUCUCACUGCAACUCAGAGUAGUCAAAUCAAAUCAAAUCAAAUCUUGCAAUUGGGCACAAAAAACUUAAAACCCCAUGUAUAAAGUUAACAUUUGGUCGGCUGGGAUAUUUAGUGUGUAAUGCAUCAUGAUAAAUGUUUGCGAUUCACUUCCACUAUUUCACUCUCAGUAGUUACAGUAGCAUACAGGGAGACCAUAGAGACUCAGUUCCAAAGAGAUCAUUGACACUAUUAAUUUAAUAAUUUUGGUGAUUUUUUUGUAAAAAUACAAAUUUUAAUUUUUGAGAUAAUUCCUUUUAAUAUUUAUCAGAAAGAGUUUGUGAUAUUUUUGUCUACUGUUGGAACUUCAGUUUGUCAUGAGUAAUUGUGGGUUGUGGGAGAAGGAGACAAACAAGAUCAAUUAAAUUAAUAACUAUUUGUCUCAUAUAGUGGGCAGCCUGAAUGUGAUCUUAUGUGAUAUCCCACACCCGUCUAGGCAAAUACUGAGGCAGUUCACAAUCUCCACUCAGAAAGAUUGCACAACCGUUAAAACAUGAAGAAGACACAACAGUUAUCUGAUUCACAGACAGAAUGGCAUUGUGUUAAAUCUUAGUAAAACAUUUUAGCAAGAUAACAUGAAGAGCUUCUUAUGGAGCAAUAACAAAUCCGAAAUUCACAGAAAUUAAAUAAAUGAUGUGAAUUGUGCACCGCUAAAGGCUGGAGAAACAUUGUUCAGUCAAAUAGCCUUUGUAGAAAUACAAGCUACAUCCUUACAAUGAGCUGUAAGACAAAACUGCUGAAAAUAUGUUUUUCUGUCUAUUGAUCACCUCUGGUAUAUAGUAUAUGACAUAAAGGUUCACUAAACAAUCCAAACAAAUUUGGAUGACAUUUCAGAAUGAAUUCUUUUGGGGGCUAAAGAGCACAUUGUAGAUUUGUAUGCUGAAGCAGUAGUUGUGCAACUGAAGAGUUUUAAUUUUUUUGCUUCUGUUCUGAAAUUUAUAUUGCUAGUGUGUGGCAUAAGUUUUAUAGGAAAAAAAAUAAACACUAAACAGCUGUUUACAGAUGCAGAGGUGAGUGAAUUUCCAUACAUUGUCACUGGGAAAUAGUCUGCUCCACAGAUAUUUUGACCAAAGGAGUAAAACUUUUAAAGUACCAGGACCAAGUGGGGCAGAUUGUCAGUCACAGUGUGACUAUGAUUUUAUACUUCCUAUUCAUCACAGACCUUGGACCCAAUAGCUUUUUUAGUGUCUUCUGUUCAGGAAAAUGUAAUUCCUUCCUUUCUGUCCAGUGCUUCAUAUCCUGCUAGUGCCUGGUAUGGACUGGUAUUUUAUGUCUCCAAUCUCACAAAGAACCAACGAUACCUGUA